AUCUCGAGAAUGUCCCCAACUAUAACAUCCUUCCACUUGGUGCACUGAAAAUGGUCCUGGGAGAAAACGAAUGUUCUCCUGUUAUUGAUUUUGACAUCGGUCGCUCUUCGUCGGAGAUCUUCGAUGACAUCUCGGAUGAAGAUUUUGGGGGAGACGCUCAAACUUCAUCUUGACGACUUACGCGAAAAAAUUGAGGACAGAAAAAUCCGGGACCAAGAGGAGGCUAACUCUGCAAGUUUUGGAAGUGGAAAAGCCAAAAAGAAGGAAGCAGAAGAGAAUCGAGAACAGUAUGACCUUGCAGAGGGGAAGCUUUUGAAGACUGUGUAUUGUAUGUUGUCCGAAUCCUUGAAAUGGACUAAUCCAAAGAAAAGAAUUUCCAUUAAACAGGAGCAUCUUACUUUCGACGUGUUGCCUAAGUACGUGCCUAUUGGAGAGGAGAAUGCAGUUGAUGUGUUGGUACAAAAGGAGCCUUACAUUUUGGUCAAGGUCCAUAAGAAAGUCCUUUACAACAUUGAAAAGCAGAACAAAAAGGACAAAGUGGACAAAAAGGACAAAGUGGACAAAGUGGACAAAAAGGACAAAGUGGACAAAAAGGACAGAAAGGACAAAGUGGACACGAAGGAUAAAAAGGACAAAUCCAUAACCAUAACUCCAACCGUAUCCUUGGUUUGGUCUAUUAAUGACGACAAGCAUGAAGCUAUCCUACCCAAUCUCAUGCUGGAGCUUGAGCCUUUCCCCAUCACUAUUUCCAAGAGCAAGUUGGAGGGUUUCCGAAGAGGUGGUAUGAAAGUGGACUUAAAUAGAACAUUGUCCUUGAAUCCAGGAGUCUUGAAAGAACCCAAGAAAGGUCCUUCGUCACACUUUCCCUCUCUCGCCCAUCAACCCAUUUCAGAACCGGGGAGCUCAUUGGAGACGGAGCGCACCCCAAAAGCAUCAAAACACGAUAAACGACCUCGAUGUUCUAUUUGUAGUAGAAAAAUUAAAGACCAAGAGUUGAAAGCAUUGGAUGUCUCCUUCCAUCCCACUUGCUUCAAUUGUUCCCAAUGUGGAGACAACCUGUCAGGAGAUGAUAUUCGCUUUAUGGCGGAUGAUGCAAAGGAGAUAUUUUGUUUGGAUUGCUAUAACAAAAAAUUUGGAAAACUUUGCUAUGGAUGUCAAACCGUGAUAAAAGUUGCGGGUGUCACUGGUCGUUCAGUCAUUGCUGGAGAGCGAAACUAUCAUCCAGAGUGUUACCGUUGUGAGGAAUGUAGAGCAAAACUUGGUGCUGGCGGAGAGAAGUGUUACCCAAAAAAUGGCAAAUUCCUCUGUUCACGCUGCGCUUACGGUGAUUCUGAUUGAACACUUGAUGGAAUGGAAUACUUGAUUUGUUGACUUGACGUAAACUACACUGGGACCUAAAAAUUCUCGCUCCAUUGAAGUCUGGCAACAUUUUAUAUUUUUCGCUUCUUAAGCACUGCUUCUGAAAAUAGAGUAGAUAUUUGAGUAGCUAAA